AAGGACGCUCCGAACGGAACGGAACGGAACGGAACGAAGCGGAGUACGCCUCGCCAUGGAAUCGGAAUCUUCGACUUCGUCUUCGUCUUCGUCGUCUUCGUCUUCGUGGUUUCGGGAAUGGGUGACGGUUUCUCUUGGCCUUGCAAACACAUUGCUCUUCUCUGGGAUUUUGUGUGGCUGGGCAGCUUUGCAGUCUUUCCUGGAGGAUGAUCACAUCUAUGAUCAUUUGUGUAAUUCGGACUGUACAGAACGUGACAAUCGGAUGAUGUUUCUCUAUGGGACGGGCCAAAUGUUCUCAAUCUUCGCCUAUGCAUGCCUGAGCUUUCUGAUGGAUCGCACAGGACCCAUCUUUUUGUCUUUCUUUGGUGGGCUCUUUGAGACUGCAGGGCUCUUGAUGUUGGGACACCUGCAAGCACCAGUGCUGUCGCAGGGCGGCGAGGGCGUUGCCGGCGUGGACGAUGUCCUUUCUCAGUUGCCCUUUGAUCUCUUUGAUGUCGCGGGUGGUUCUCACUGGCAUCGGUGGAUCUGCCUUAAUGGUCCAUGCCCUGAAAUUAGCUUUCAUUGUCCCACCGGAGAGGUUUGCUUGGGUCAUGACGCUAGCCAAUUGCAUGGUGGAUGGAUCAUCUGUGAUGCCUGCAGCCCUUUAUCAGUUCUAUCGUAUAGGAGAGAGUUUCUCUCGUGCACGGAUCUUUUCGAUCUACGCAUGCUUAUGUUUCUGCCUCAAUGGCCUCAUCAUUUGGUGCUGGUGGGGCUCUCCAUCAGAGAGACUUUCCGCAAAGAAUGCGGAAGAGGCCCGUGAAAGAGAGAAGGAAGACGUGGAAGAGGCGAAGGAAGAGAGGAGCGAAAGGAACGAGGGAAGCAAGAAGAAGCUUCAAGAACAAGAUCGAAAAGAGAACACGGAAGACUCAGAGGAUUCAAGAAAUGCUUCAGAAGCCGGAGAACACGAGCGAAUAGAAGGAGGGGAACCACGAGAAGCUGAACUCGAAGAGCUCGGUGCUGAAAGCUCGUCUUCCAAGCCACGUGUAGCUUCCAAGCCACGUUUGCACGGGCAGAAGCUGACCUCUCAACUCCAAAGCUUUGAGUUUGCCUUUGCUUUUGUGCUCUUUAUCACCCAGGGCUUCUCGGCGACCAGCUACAUGGGCUUCAACAAGAACUUGUUGAAGGCUAAGGGUGAUCAGGACACAGCCUUCUUCUUCACAAGUUUUUCGCAAAUCUUCGUCUACCUCCUUCCCUCUUCCAUCCUUUUUGCCCCGCUUUUCAGCAUGUCACUUGCACACCGGGGUUUUGCUUUCAGCUUCACAGUGAUGCUCUUCCUGGGUCUUGUGUGGAGUGUUGCAACGCUACUGCCACUGAAGGCACAGCUUGUAGCCUUCAUUGCUUUCACCAAUUACCGUGCAAUUUUGUAUUCUGCUUAUUUCACAUUCUUAGCGCAUACAUUUGGAAAUCGAACAUUUGGCAGUGUGAAUGCCCACUUGUCUAUGCUGGCAGCGGCGUUGGCGUGGCUUAUUGGGCCAAGUACUUCAGCAUCUCAGCGAUGGUUUGGCAGUUUAGUUGGAAUGAGCGUUUUGAUUAUUUUGCUGUUCGUCCCUCCGAGUCUCAUGACUCUGCAAUUGGCUAGACAUCUCCGCAAAUAUCCAUCUGGAGAUGUAUGCAAUCUCGCGCGACCCGACCGAAAGGAGAACUUUCGGCCAGUUGUGCCUGAUGUAUGAAUUCCGGGCUUCACCUGAAAGCCAUGCAUCGAGGUGAAAAGAUGUCCGGCACUUGCGUCUCUUGUCCAACCAUUGCGUCUGAUGCAUGAAUGCUCUUGCAUUUCGCAGGCCAAGAACGCCCAUAGCCCCCAGCCAAGAUGGUGCUUGUUUCGUAGAGAUGACACCCAAAGCUUUUUGACCAUCCUUUGUCAAGCUUUGCACGAACA